AUGGCUUCUCUGGACAGCAGUGGUACAGCAACAGCCGAGACAUCAUCAAUGUUUUCUACAGCAUUAUCUUCUGUUGCUCCUUCAGAAGUAACACCUUCACAAACUCAAUCAACAGCAUUGCCAACUUCUUCCCCAUCUGACAUCACAAGCGUUUCCUCUGACAGAACUGCAACCACACAAGAAAUCUCAACUUUUUCUUCUUCUCCUCAAACUCAAGCCACAUCUCUUACUUUCUCAGCAACAUCAGUAACCUCAGCUGUUAGUACGACAACUGGAAUAGAUCCCACUGAGACCCAGGGAACACCUGAGAUUACUCCAUUUGUUACUGUCACUCAGCAACCAAAUACUACUGAACAUGUGACAACAUCAGAAAUGACGAGCACGUUAGAGACACCACAUGUGAGCUCGGCAACACUUUCCACAGAAACAUUGCAAAUCACAACAUUGCCAACUUCUUCCCCAUCUGACAUCACAAGCGUUUCCUCUGACAGAACUGCAACCACACAAGAAAUCUCAACUCUUUCUCCUUCUCCUCAAGCUGAAGCCACAUCUCUUACUUUCUCAGCAACAUCAGUAACCUCAGCUGUUGGUACGACCGCUGGAAUAGAUCCCACUGAGACCCAGGGAACACCUGAGAUUACUCCAUUUGUUACUGUCACUCAGCAACCAAAUACUACUGAACAUGUGACAACAUCAGAAAUGACGAGCACGUUAGAGACACCACAUGUGAGCUCGGCAACACUUUCCACAGAAACAUCGCAAAUCACAAGUGACGCUACAACAGAAUCUGCAUCAUCUGUAGCCGUAGCAUCCACUAAUGUUCCACAAUCCCCGACAACAACAAUGGCUUCUCUGGACAGCAGUGCAACCAAAUACUACUGA